AUGGCUGCCAUGCCACAUUUUACUGCGUCGUAUGACGACUUUCUUCAAUAUCCAUUGAACCUUCCCUCAGCGCUGAAAUAUGGAACAUAUGCGCUGUCUCAACAUCGUCAACGCUUGUACGAUUGUAAAGACCGACUUUUCGUUUCAGAUAGCUCCAAGACCCAAGCUCAAUUCAGACUGCCAGUCAAGGACAUCUCCUCGACUGGAAGGGUCGAAAAGCUCAACAUCUUUAACGACGGCCAGUUGGAAAGCUUUCUCCGAUGUGGCGACCCUCAAGGAAUGAACAGUGGGCCUUCUUCCAGUGGACAUGUAGCAUCCAAGCAGGAUGAACAAUGCCGAUUUAUUUUUCUAUGGGCAGAGCACACUGUAGGACCACUGAGACUAAGUGCGAUAAUGCUACUUCGACUUCUAAGCUUCUAUCAAGUAAACCCACACUUCUUGGACUUUCUCUACGCCUAUGCAUCGCCGCACGAGCAGGCAUUCCGGUCUUCUUUAGAGACACACAUUGCUUUUGCACAAUGGGCGACUUCGGAGUGGAGAUGGAAUGUUCGGUUCCUUGAGCAAGGGGCUGAGGACUUGACCCUAUCAGCCGCUCUGAUCAAUGAGAAGAGUCAUAUAGAAUCAUUGGAUCCGGGAUCACUCGGGAGCGUCCAAAGGUGGGAGGAGAAAACAAAUGAUACGAUCAUGGCUAUGGAAUCAAAUGCCAAUAUCAUGAAGCUCCUUCAGAGAUUUUACAGAGAUCUCGUCAAAGACGACGAUUUUCCAUCAAAGGCACGCCGUCUCUGUCAGCAGGCAGCGAAAAGUUUCUGCCUGCAACUCGACGAGUUGAUAUGCGAAACCCAAAUGCAAAUCUCCAGAGCCAAAGUGUUGAUCAGGACUGUGGCGGAUCGAAAGACUAUCCUCAUCCAGCACCUUCAAACCCAAAGUGCGCUUAUUUCUUCAAAACUUACGGCGAGUAUGUAUGAUCAAGCCGACCGAAGUGCUGUAGAAGCUAUCGCAGUGCGUAUAGUCACGAUAGUGACUUUAAUCUAUCUUCCGGCGACUUUCUCUAGUACAUUCUUCAGUACCGACGUCGUUAAGUACCAAGAUGGAGAGGUCUUUUCUCAAAUAGCGCUUGACAGAUUUCUCCAAGUGACCCUUCCACUCAUGUUCUUGACCUUUGUUCCUGCAGGAAUCUGGUUCUGUCUGGAGCGACGUAGGCGCGCCAAAAGGUCUCAUGAAACGAAAGGCUACUUCACAGAUUUCUUCUCCCAGGACACGGACAGCUCUACGCAUUAA